UUCAGGAAAUGCAGUUGGAUAAUAUCUACAACAAUACAGACAUGGAUGAAAAUAUUUAUGCCAAUAGAGACAACUUCAGUAGUUGUUCCACUAAAACAGAGGAGGAGGCAUCAAGCAAGAGCCCUGGAACUCAACCCAAAGGAUCUGAAUCUCAAAGGAAACAACCCUACAGAUGGGCUACAGUGUGUCUGGGGUUGCUGUGUGUUUUCCUGCUGACGGCCCUCAUAGUGCUGAGUGUUAACUAUAAGAGUUCUGAUGGUCUUCAUACAAAAUACAAGGCCUUGAAGGCUGAGAGAGACCAGCUCUGGACCAAUUUGACCUCAAUGGUGGCAGACAGAGACCAGCUACAAACCAAUUACAGGACACUUGUUACGAUGAGAAACGAGUCGCUGUCCAUUUACAAAAUAGUUGUAGCUGAGAGAGACCAGCUAUUGGAGCAGAGCAGAAAAUGUAGCGUCACAAAAGAACAGUUGGCAAAUAAGAGUUCUGAUGGUCUUCAUACAAAACAUGAGGCCUUGAAGGCUGAGAGAGACCAGCUCUGGACCAAUUUGAGCUCAGUGGUAGCAGACAGAGACCAGCUACAGACCAGUUACUACACUGCAGUAAAAGAGAGAGACCAGCUGCAGUCCAGUAACAGCGUACUGACAACAGAGAAAAACCAGCUGGAGACGAAUUACAGGAACUGUUCUGUCUCAAAAGAGCAACUGGAGAAGCAAGUCUGUCCAGAACGGUGGAACAGCUUCAAGUUCAGCUGUUACUACAUUUCUAAUGAGGAGAAGAACUGGGAUGACAGCAGGCAGUACUGUACAGACAGAGGAGCAGAUCUGGUGAUCAUCGAUAGCAAAGAGGAGCAGGCCUUCAUUGACCUCUUUAAUGGUUAUUUCUGGAUUGGACUGAGUGACAAAGAGAGAGAAGGAACCUGGAAAUGGGUGGAUGGCACAAUAAUGCCACAGUACGAAGGAACCUGGUGUUCUGACCAGCCUGACAACUUUGAACGAAGUGAGGACUGUGUAGAGACCAGGCUUAUGGAACCUGAACCCAAUAAGAGAUGGAACGACCUGUCCUGUGACAGUGUUCUGCGAUGGAUCUGUGAAAAAAAAAGCCAGUAG